GGAGGCGCGCGUGUCUAGAGUGAGAACCUGGGGCUGUCACCCCAGCUCAGUGAUGGGCAGGCCGAGACUGAGUCGGGAGGCUGGGGCUAAGGAUGCCGGGAGGUCGCUGGCGUUCUGGGUACCGGGACUGCCGGGGAAGAGCCAUGAUCGAGGUGGUGUGUAACGACCGGCUGGGCAAGAAGGUCCGUGUGAAGUGCAACACCGACGACUCCAUAGGAGACCUGAAGAAACUGAUUGCGGCGCAGACGGGCACCCGUUGGAACAAGAUCGUCCUGAAGAAAUGGUACACAAUCUUCAAGGAUCAUGUAACCCUGGGGGACUAUGAGAUCCACGAUGGAAUGAACCUGGAACUUUAUUAUCAGUAGGGACACACCUAUUAUCAGUAGGGACACACCCCAUCACCAAAAUCUGCACCUGUCUUCCCUUUUUAAAAGUUUAAUAAAAUAACUUUGAUGCUGGA